GAAGAAAAAAACGCGUUCCUGUCGCAGCAAUUCGAAACAUUACAAAUAAUCAGUUGCACUUGAAUCAUCAAGCCAUUCGGACUUGUCUUUUUAUUCUGUGUUUACUCUCGUCACAAUAUUUCACACACACCGCAAGAUUUUUCGGUUGUACGAAAACGUUUGUAACGCGACACAAUUUUUUUCGUUAGAUAAAGAUAGAGAAAAUUCAAUUUCGAUUUGAAAAUAUCCAAUCGAACUUUCUCGUGUUUUGGAAAACCUGGAUCCCAGUGUGUUAAUUAAAACAACAACAACAAAAAAAUACUAAUUACUAAUAGUGUACUAGUGUAGAACUGUAUAACCUCUUGUUUGCACAAAUUCGUCAUCCAAGGGAUUACUAAAAGCCGAAUAAGAAAAAAAAAGGGCAAACAAGAAAAAAAGCAAAUCAAAAAAAAAGAAAAGAAAAAAAGUUUAUUUAAAACACGAAAAAGAAAACCCGACAACAGUCCAACAAAACAACCGUUCUUUUUUUAAAUAAAGAAAACCACACAAAAACCAAAUUUAGCAAAAAUGGCUGACCAAUUAACAGAAGAACAAAUUGCUGAAUUCAAAGAAGCUUUCUCACUGUUCGACAAGGAUGGCGAUGGCACCAUCACAACAAAAGAAUUGGGCACAGUAAUGCGAUCACUAGGCCAAAAUCCAACAGAAGCUGAGCUGCAAGACAUGAUAAAUGAAGUCGAUGCUGACGGUAACGGAACGAUUGAUUUCCCCGAAUUCUUAACGAUGAUGGCUCGUAAAAUGAAAGACACGGAUAGCGAAGAAGAAAUCCGAGAAGCUUUCCGAGUGUUCGAUAAGGAUGGUAACGGUUUUAUUUCGGCUGCUGAAUUGCGUCACGUCAUGACGAAUUUGGGUGAAAAGUUAACAGACGAAGAAGUCGACGAAAUGAUCCGUGAGGCUGAUAUCGACGGUGACGGUCAAGUUAAUUACGAAGGUAAGACGAAAAAUGUCAUCUAUCUACAUCUCGGUGGUGCGGGGUUUGAACGGCGUUACGAUCAAGUCUUGAUGCGAUGAAACUUUGGAAUUGGAUUUGUUGGAUCCGCAAACCAAGUAACAAAACGAAUGAAAUCACCCAAAUGAUCUUGAUCUAGGGUGGCGUAUAUUAUCACAGUCAGAAUUAAUUGUUCAAAGUUGCAUCUUCAAUGGAUUUGAUCGUGACGUUAGCCCGUGCUCAACCUCAAUACACAUUCAUUGGUCACUAGUGGUCAUUCGAUUUAAGUUUUUUUUCUUUCGUUUUUGUUUCUCUUCCGUUCAAUAUGAGUCGUUUGAUUUUUGAUUCAACUUAAUCAAGGACGAGGAUCUCAAUUUUAUACAACGCUAGUUUUGAAUUCCACACAAAGUCAUACGUGAUUUCCGAUAUGCGAUGGAACGUCAUAAUUUGAGAAAACAAAAUUGUGUUCAAAUUAAAAUUCAACGAAUUUUCCCAUAAAUGUCUAAACUUUAAUUCGAUGAUUAUGAAAGUUUGGUAUAAAGUUUUCUUCCAGAAAAAGAAAAUCCUCAUUUGCUCAAUACUCAUACUUCGGUAUUGGAAUUCAAAGUUGAGCGUUGAAAAUAUGUUUGGUCUUAAGUUGCCAUUUUCCUUCAUUUCACUUUGAGUAACGUAUGAUUUAUUUGUUGCGUUUUAAUUUUUGCGAGCGUAUUUUUUUCUUCAGCAUUAAAUUUUAUCGUUUCAAAUUGAUGGUAUAUUUCCAUUCACAAGCAUACCGCUUGAAUUAUUUGCUCUUUCCAAUUAUAUUUUCGUUCAGUUUUUUUUUUUAAAUAUUCUUUGUUGUUCUUCGGUUAAAUUUAAUGGUUUUCGUACUAUAAUUUCCUUAAUUUUAAGUUUCCGUUGGUUUCCAUUCCAUUAUUAAAACGAACAACAAAAAAAUCAAGUAAGAAGAGAAUAAAACUUUGGUUGGUAUUUUUGAGUUGGUCUAAUUUCCAUUCAAUCCGUUCCUAAAUGCAAAACAAACGAAAAAAAAAACACACCAUAAAUAUUUGAUGGAAGCAUGCGAUGGAAAAUGGCUUCAGUGAAGUAAGCUGCAUGAACAACAGAUAGAGAAAACGCCAGAAAUACUCUUCAUUGUUGGCCAUGAAAUUUGAAUUUCGCGGAAAUUGAAAUCCGUGAAAUAAUCAGGUUUUUUGUGUUCUUGUUUAAAAUAAACGAAUUCAACUGGUUCGUCUCAUCGUCUGUUGUUAAUGAAUUUGAGUUUCUUCAUUGUUUCGCCUACACACACACACACUCACCUACGCACUGAACCAUCACAUUCUUCCAUUUACGUUUUUGCUCUUUUAAUUAUUUUACCUCAAAAUAAACCCUGUUCCAUCCACCCUCUUCGAUUGUUGUUCAUUUGAUAUUGCACCGUUCUUUUUGAACUUGUUUUGAUUUCGAAACCUUAGUAUUUAAAAAAAAAAUAUUCCCCCAAAAGAGAUGAAAAUAAAGAAUAAUCGACCAAAACCAACUCUAACGCCCGUGUCAAAAAUUGAAUCGCUUUUGGAUAUACCCUAAUCAUCAUCUAGACACAACAUUUUGAAAAACUCAUUCGUAAUUAUAUGUGUGUGUGUUUUGUUUAUUUCUUUCACAUCGCUUUUAGUUGACCUUUUUUUGUACAAAAUUUUCUUUGUUUCUUUAUUCAAAUGUUCUGCCUCCUGUCUCCUCUUCAUCAACCGAAAAUGCACUCGUUUCACCAUUAAAUUAUCUAACGUUUCCUUUUUUUUGUUACAUUCUCGAUGUUUUGUUGUGCUGUGUGUAAACAAUUGUCCAUCCCCCUUAUUUUGAUGGAAACAUUGUAUAGAAAUUGUAAAAUAGAAAAAAAAACACCAAACAUCUUGCGCUCAAUUGCCCAAGAUUCAUGCAUUUCCCACCCUCAGUGUGACGACUGUAUUUUGUGAUACACACAAGAAGCGGUUCACGUUGGUGGUUUUAAUCAUCAACAGAAUUGAAUUAAGACAUUUUAGUAUUGAAUUUACAAACAAAUAUACAAACUCAUUACACUAAAACAAAAACUAGCAAAAAAACGGCAGAAAACGUUUCACUCGAUAAUGAUACGAUUAUGGUUAUCCAUAAGUCGUUGUUCGUGAAUUUGAUAAUUAAAGAAAUUACUACGAUUGAAUUGGAUAACAAAAAAAACUGGAGAGAGAGAGAGAGAGAGAGAGAGAGAGAGAGAGAGAGAAAAAGCGUUGAUUCAUAUCUUAAUCAAGCAAAUUCUCCGAUUAUUCGUCCAAUUUCCAUGUGUUAUUUUAGGUCUUUGAGUGACAUUCGGUGUCACAUAAUUGUCUAAUUACCAUGAAGUCAAUUGAGUAUCUUACAUUUUUUUCUCUCCAAUGAAUAUUCUAAUGAGUACAAAUCGCUAAAUUUUAUCUAGAAACCAGUUGUAUUUCUUAUUUAUUGUCUUAAUUUCUUGCAAUGUGUUUUAAAUCCGCAAUGAUUGAGCCGAGGCGAUAGUAAUUAAUCAACUAAAAUCAUGACUAAUUUCGGAUGGCACUCUCAACAACGUUGCCGCAUUCAGCUCACUGUCCGUUUUUUUUUCAUCUGUCUCUGAUGGACAAAUUGUUUUUCCGUGGCUGAUGCGCAACGUCGUUAAUAAAACGUUGCCUUUUUUAAUGUAUGUGUGUGAACCGUUGUUUUUUUUUUGCUAUUACUCUGUUGUCCUUCCCAUAGUUUCUUUUGUUGUAUUAGCUAUUUCGAAUGAUUCGAUUAAACAAUGAAGUUUACACACUAAUUCGAUUAUGUAUGCGAAGGUAAUGAGCGUGGUGGCAGUGGCGUCACAGCGAAAAUAAAUAUCUCGUUAAUGUUGGCGCGGUGUGAAGAAUCUUAGGUGUUAGAGAUGUGGUAGUGGGGAGGGGAUGGAAAAGUGGAAACAUGCCACAUACACACAACAGGCUUUAGCUAAUAUUUAAACUCGCGUUUUACAAAUAAGAUUUCGGUUUAGUUGUGGUUGUUUCAGCCGAUCGUCUCUAUCUCUGUAAUAAGAUAUGUUGAGACGAGCGCGCAGCCUCUCUCCCUCAUGCAUUAGUGAUUUAUGUUGAAAAUAUGGCCAUAAGCUAUUUCCGACCUAUUUUUAUCGAGAGAACCGUAUCGAAAAUAUUGCCACGUCUUUUUAAUCGAUUAAUUCGUUUUAAUGAAAAGCACAUUCCAGCGUCGCACAACGAUUGCCACACAAAUCUCACUCUAAGAGCCCGGCGACAGGAAAGGAAAAUCCAAUUGGAAAUGGAACAAUCAAAAAAUCAUAUAUAUGCACGUGUGCCUUCCAUUGCUCUUUCUUCAGCCACACACCAGCCGCAUUUUUAUAGAUAUUUUAUCGGCAUCUUUUUUCCGUUCUCUUCGCCUUCUUCGUUCGUUUUUUUUUUAAUCACCGUACACCAGCCAUCCGGGGAAAUUCUAUUCGAGCGAAUAAUAAUAAAUGGGUGGAAGGCUCUCGCGCCGCCAGCACAACCGAAACAAUUGCUCGUGUGCUGUGUGUUCACAAUUGAACUCAGUUCAUGAUAUUACCAAUAAAUUUCACAAUCGCUAAUAUAUAUUUUGCAUUGGAUUUUCGGCAAUUUUUCUCUCGCUCUCUCUCCCCCAUCUCAUUCGCAUUCUGUGCUAAAAUAAGUGUGCUGCAAAUUAUGUGUUGUACCAACUACAAAUUCCCAUUUUCGGUAAAUGCCUCCUCCCCUGCCCAACACAUCAUGGGCUGUUUCGAAACCGUUUUCCAUUGUGUGCCCGCACACACAUACACACAACCAAUUUGCAGACACACCGAACACACAAAUCAUGAAUGCAUUAAAUCGACAAUUUAUUCGCAUUGAGAGCUUUUCAUAGCCCCAAUUCGCAUCGAUUGCAAAAUAGCAUAUUCCCAUUCUUCGACGUCUCUCUCUCUCUCUCUCUCUUUUCCGCUCUUGUUUUUUUCUUCUUUCUCUUUCGCUAAAUUGGACCGAAUAAUGUACAAGUGCGGUGGAACAUAUCGCGGCAGGAAAAAUGUUUAUAUAAAUCGAUGAUGUAUGGCUUGGUUGCCAUUUACACACACAACAUAAGUGAUUUAUAAGUGAAUAAAAUGGUUUUCGGGAAAAAUCUCAUGAAAAUCAAAUACAGAAACUAUUUCCCAUUGAAAAUUGACUGGAUUUUUGUGGUGAAAUUCACGCGACGAAGAAGAAUCGACUGAAUUGCGAAAAAAAAAAACACGAAAAAUGACAGCAACUAACUCGAUGAAUAAUAGAAAUGUUGAGUUGUGAAUAAAAUGCGCGAGCGAUGGAAAGAGCGAAUUAUCGGAAAUAUACACAAGUCAAGAGCAUUUUGUUGGGGAACGCUUUCUCUGCACCCUCUCCGGACGCCCGCACCACAUUCUCGUUUUUAUUGAUCAAACAAUUGCAAAAAUUGACUUUUAAGGUCACGUUUCAUAUAUCUGAAUGGCUUAUAAAACUUGAUACACAAUAUGUGUUCGAAUGUCGGUUGUGCGUCUGUAUGUGUGUGCGCGCUCUUCGUUCCCGAAUCGCUUCGGUUUAGCACGAUUUGCAUAAAAUAGUUUGAUUUUCAUUUUCUCUUUUCGGUGACACAUUCUUUGACAGUCCUGCACAUGCGAUCACAUCUCGUUCGCUCAGCUUUCGAGAAGCAAAAGAUGGAGCGACAGAAAGAGAGUAAGGAAGAAAGAGAAAUAAAACGAUAGAGAAAGAGAAGAAGAAAAAGAAAGAGAGUGUGUAAGGAAGAACUGGCACCAAGAAGAAACUUUCGUUGAAAAAAUCGGGCAUAAAAAUCAAACAUUUGAUUUGAUUGUUAUAUUUAUGAAAUUAUUGUGUGUGCGAUGCCAUUAGAAUUUCGGUGGCAUUUAGACUGAAAAUUUAAAGCGCACACGUUCUUUCUAAACCUUCACCCCUUCCGACAAUACGUACUUGUCGAGUCGAGACAACUUUUCAUUUAAAAGUUCGCAUUUGAAUUACAAAGGAUAAACUUUUUAAUUUCAAUCCAGAGAAAGCGAUAAUAAUAGGUACAACGAAACGCUUUUUUUUUCAAAAUAAAAAACACUUUUCUACGGCAAAACACAAGACACAUACAGAGAAAGAGAGCGGUUGGCACGAUAUGGUGCACCAUGCGCAUUCAAUACUCUCACAUCUAAUCGGAUUUUCAUCCAAGGAUCCGUUUUACUCAUUUUUUCUACUAAUUAUUUCGUGCUCUUUGUUUGAAUUGCGCAUUUUUAAACAUGCAAAUCGACAAGGGAAGAAGAAAAAAAUUAUAUGUGAACCUAGAACAAUUCACCGCACACCGUUGUCUCUCUUUUAGCACAAUAUCAAUAUUUCAUAGCAGCACAAAAAAAAAAUUGAAACUAUUUUUAUGAACAAAAUCUGUCUUUUCCCACACAAUUCCAUUUCCUGUUCCAUAGUCUGUCUGCUAAUUUAUUCGCAAAUCGGUACAAUUUGCGAAAUUCACACUCCAAUCAACUGCAUCACAAAGCGUUUUUUUUUUCUGUCAAUUGAGUGAAUUCUUAUUUUCGCAUUACAUUAGAACCACCUGAUUUUCUGCCGUUGAAGAAAACAAAACGGUUGAAUAGAGCGAAAAAAGCAGCCACUUAAUCUGGAUACAGAGAAACGCUUGCUGAAACGCUAAAAGUGUGUAUGUAAUUAUGCUAAUCAUUGAACAAGUACCAGCCGAGCACUGAAGCUUAUAAUUUAUGGAGCUGAUGUAAUCAGGCGUUUCUUUUUCAUGACAGGGAAAAGUAGAGAAAGAGAGAUUGAGACAGAGACAUAGAGAGAAAAAAGCUGUCCAUAUUUUCCCACACCGUGUUAAAUGUUCUCUCUCAUUGUGUGUGCAUAUUUUAAAAAUCAGUGUAAAUCAUUUGUGUCAUCAUUUCGUGUGUAUGUGUGAUUUUCAAUUGUUGAUGCAAUUUUACUGUUGCCAUUUCAUUUUUUUUUCGGUUUUCGUGUUGAAUUCAUUUUUCUUCAUCAUUUUUUUUCUCGUCUUGUGUGUUUUUCUGUCGUUAACCGUGAAAAAGCCCAAAACGGAAAAUCAAACAUUCAGAACGUGACCGCAAAUGCAAUCACAUUUUACAUCGAUUGUUUUUUUUUGAAUGUUUGCUUUUCGCAUCUAUUGUUCUUCUACUAGACUCAAUUUUUUUUUCUAUUCCAUCAUUUAUUUACCGAUUCGAAAAUCAGAAACAUGCGACAAAUCACUCAUUUCAUCGCUCUAUUCCAAUUCUGUCUCUAUGUUCUCUAUUUUUUUUUCUUUUCGAACAACUAAAUAUAAAUAAAUCUCUAACACAAAAAAUGCAUAUAUCGACACGAUUCAGUUGUGAAUGCUCAUUAUAUAUAUACAAAUAAUCAAUGCGAAAAAAUUUUCUUUUCAAGCAUACAAAACCAAAUUACACAUGAUAAAAACCAAUUAUAACAGCAACAGCAAAAACAAAAUCCAAAGAAAAAUGUAUCAUCACUCUCGUUUCGAUUUUGUUAGACUGCAAAAUAUGAAACAGUGUUCAUUUCUGUUGUUCCAAAGCGAUUUGGUUUUCAUUUUUUAUGUUUUGUUUCUUUCUCUUGAACAAAUGUCAAUAUUUGUGUUCUUUCCCGACUUUUCGUUGCCAUGUUUUUCCGAUUUUCACUCCAUUUUUUCGUCUCAAUUUUUAAUCAUUUCGUCGUCGUCGUUGUCGUCGUCAUCGUUGUUGUUGUUUCUGUUUUAUCUUUUUUUUUAAUAGACAAAAAAAUUGUGUAUUUUUUUUCGUUGGUUCGUUGUUGUUGAUGUUGAUUUCCUUCAAGCGACAUAAUUAAUUCUUUUUCUAUUUUUCGUGAACGUACAGAACGUUGCUUUCUUCAAUAAAUGUGUCUCUUUAUGCCUUUCGCCAUGCGUCCUCUCCCUACUUGCCAUUGACAAAGAAGAACAUUGUGAACGUGGCUUUAUCUCUGUUUUCACUCUCUCUCUCUCUUUCUCUCAAAGCUGUGUGUGUUUUCUUCAUUUUUGCAAUGACAAUUUUUCGAAACAAUUUUAUUAAGCAAACAAUAUUUGAAUGUAUUUGCAUUCAGGGAGAUCGAGAGAAAGAGAGAGAGAGAGAAAGGGAGAAUGAACGAAAAUUCGCUUGACACGCUAAAUGUUUAUUUAAGAAAGCAAUCGAUAUGAUCUGUUUGUUCGUUCGUGUUUUAUUUUUUUCGUUCUGUUUCUUUAGUUCUCAAAUUUUGGUUGCAUUAUUUUCGAUGAGCUGAAGAAGAAAACAAACAUUUCUGCCAUUUUUGAAAUUUACUCAAGGGAAAAUCAUCUAUUAUUCAUUGUGUGUGUACUUUUUUGUGUUUUAUUUUGGUUUCAAUUCGUUUUCAUUCGUUUGGUUUAUUUUCUGGUUUUUCUUUAUUUUACAUUCUUUGCCAAAUUUUGCGUUCACUUUUUUUUCAUUUCGUCGGUUUUUUUUUUCGUUCAAACACCCACCAGAAACUAGAAUAUCAUAUCUAAAUUAAAUGAAAUCAAUCCAAAUCAAAACAAAUAAAUCACAUAAAAUUGCAUAGUUUGCAACAAAAACAUACAGCUAAAUGAAGAAAAAUCGAUAUCGUUCGUUUUCAGAUUUCCGGAAUCUGACUUACAAAUUAUUAAAAUGUGGUGGUCCACAAUUUAUGUAAAUUAAACGAAGCGUACAAACAUUCCUCCCAAACUCACACAACUUGUGUACUCUGAGUCAAAGAGAAAGAGAGAGAGAGAGAGACAGAGAAAGACAGACAGAGAAUGAUGAGAGAGAGAAUCAACAAAAAACAAAAAUUUAUGUUGAGCAAUGCAAUAUGGGGCACACGUACACACACAUUCACAUGAUGUUUCAAAAUGUGCAUCCUCUUCUGCAAACAAAAAAAAAACGAAUAAAAAAGAACCAAUCGUCUGCGUUAAAACAGAAAACAUUGGUCAUUGCGAAUUCACCAACCAAAAAAUACACACAUAAACACACAAAUCUCGCAAUUACAAUCAAAUCCACACUCAAUUUUUGUACAUAUAACCAAGAUGGAAAAUAACCAUAAUCCGGAAAGUGUUCUUUGAUCAAUUCGUGUGUCCCAUCGUUGAUUGUGUUAAUGUCAAAAUUGUUAAACUUGAUGUCGGAAGCAAAAAUCAAACACAAUUUUUCAAUCGGACACACCAUUGUGCGCACUGCUGUACCUUUUUUCUAUGUAUGAGAUGUUAAAUGUGAUGGUGCGAUUCGACCAAUGACGGAAUACUGAACACAUUCUCCGAUUUACUGUAACAUUUAUAUAUUUGUGUGUAAUUUUAGAGAUUCUAAAUGCAAACCAAUCAAAAAUUAUUGUAGCCAUUGUCAUUGGUACCGACCACUCAAGGGGAAAACAGUGAUCUAGUACUGCAUUCAAUGCUGAUUCAAUGCUGAUUCAAUGCCGAUUUAAUUCCACUAAAUUCAAAUUAAUGCUAUUCACUGCAAUCGACUCCUGUCAGAACAGUAAUCUAGUACAUCAAUCGAUGACAGCAGCGGAUUGCAGUGAAUAGCAUUGUUUUGAAUUUAGUGGCAUUGAAUUGGCAUUGAAUUGGCAUUGAAUCGGCAUUGAAUGCAGUACUAGAUUACUGCUAUCCCCCUUGCGACCACUAAAGUAAAAAAAAAACAAAUUACGCAAAAGCAAAGAAAAAAUACUGGACAAUUAGAGCACAUUUUUCUAUCGAAUCAAAGAAAUUUUACCAAAAAUCGAAAAAAUCCUUAGAACAAUAAGAUUUUCCUGAAAUAUUUGUCAAAAAAUACCAACAAAACUGCACGACAGCCGCACGAAACGAUGUCAAUUUUAUAAAUUUGUCUUUCUGCUGCAAAAAAAAAAAACGUCGUGCUGCAGCCAGCAGUUUUGUUCUGUACACAAUUUUUGAGGUGAUUUAACAAAUACAUUUUCGACCAAUCGAUCUGUUCUCAGCUAUUUGGCCCAGGAGAAUGAACUCUCCGAGCAGAAGUAAACAUUUUGAAAAUGAUUCAUUCAUGAUCAAACAUUUCAUUCAUAAAAAUGAAGAGAAAAUAUGGAAGAAGAGAGAAGAAAAGAGGAGGAAAGAAGAAAUGAAAAAAAAAAACUCAUAAAAAAAUACGGGUACUAGGCACAAUUUGAUCCAUUUAGAAGAGAAUUUUUCUUAGAGAAAAAAAAACAAAACUGGCUGUUUCCAUAAAUUUCAACCCAUUUUCAAUCGAAAUGGACACUGAACACACAACAACUAACAUUGUCCAAAGCUUUUGAAUUAAAGUUACUUUUUACUAUGACAUUUCAUGGGAGCAACUUCUCUGGAAUCUCAGACAGAAACAAAACGGGUAAAAAAAAGACAUGUCAUUCCUCAACUAAUAUAUACAUCACCCAAGCGCCAGUAAUUCAAAUGUGAGAAAUUUUAAGCAAAGGAAAUGGUGCCACAUCAAGCGGGCAUUAGCCUUGAAUUUUAAACAUUUCAAUGGACGAAAUUUUCGUUUUUAAAACAAAUAUGUAUAUAUCAUUAGUUUUGUUACACCGUUUUGAGCGAAGUUUCAAGCUCGUGAGUCAUUAAUACUCACCAAAACAAUCGCAUCACAACCUCGAUGCAUUUUAGUAAACAAAUAUUAUUCAUAAAGCAAUUGUACAACGCAAAGAGUAGCUCCUACUCAGUGGGAACAGAUAAUUUUUUCGAAUGAAAGACAACAAACGAAUAUCGAUUUAGUCACAACUAUCUAAAUGCACGAUAUUUUAGCUUCCCUAUGACACUGUUGACCCUACAGAGCAAAUUAGGAAUGAAUUUUAUUUGACGAAUUUUGCCAAAGUUUGCAAAAUCCUAGCAGACAAUUAUGAUCUCAACAUCCAUGCAGUCAGUCAACGACUGGUCAUGUGGAAAAUUGAACGUUUUGUUUUAAAUUUUCUCAGUCAUUCGGUCCAGGAGGAAAAAAGAGCAUACCUUUUUUUUGUAAAGAAGAGAACGAAUUUCAGUCAUGGAUGUAAAAUUGUCAAUUUUUUUUUUCAACAGAAAAAAAACCUUCUUAUGGAAAAUGCACAAUUUUCAAAUUUCCUUUCAAGUCAAUUCGAAAUGUGACCAAAUGAUAUAACUAGAACAAUACUUUGAAAUGAGAUGUGUGUGUUUGGCUGAUGCGCGUCGUUGAUUCGUCCAAAAUACUAUAAGUUUGACCAAAAUUUACACUACGACGCAUUAUCAAUAACAUCACCCGCCCAGAACAACACACAAUUUUAUUUGUUCACUCAAAAUAUAUACAUAUAUAUACAUUGCCAAACCAAAACUACUGCACACUACCUUCAGCACUUUUUUCUUGGUUUGUAAGACAAUUAUUCUGAAUAUGUGAUAGCAACCGAAUAGGAUUUUAACAAGGAACAAAUAAUCGAUCCUUUUUUUAAAAUGAAACAGUCUAUGUCUAUGAUAUUAUAACAUAUAAUAUUGAUAUUGAAGUGGAAAAACCUUUGCAGACAGGCAAAAUGUCAGACGAAACCGUGUUAAAAUGGACACAUUCACGGUCUCACGAAUGAAAGUAGUUUAAAUGGAAAUUAUUUCCUCUAUAUUAGAAAAAAACAACAAUGAAAUUUUGACUAAUUGCCAAAAACCAAUUUUAUUUGACGAAUCUCUUGCAAUGAAUUCAAAAUUCGCAAAGAAAAAAUACGAUUUUUCCAUUUUUUUUUUCUAGUCAACACUCGAGAAUCGUACGAAAAAAUGCAACAAAUUGCAUGUUGCAAGAGGCAAAACGAAAUGAAAGUGAUAAAAAUAAAUUCUCUAUUUAAUUAGAUUUUAAAUGUUAGACCAAAAAUAAAACAAUUUUUUUAAACCAUUUUUUCAUCAUUUUAAUCGGUCCAAUUUUUUUUUUCAUUUUCAAUAAUUAUCAAAUAGAUUAUAAUCGAAACAAAUAAAUUUUUAGUUGGAAAAAAAUAGUAGAAAAAUAUUUUGUUGCUAAAAGAGUUGAAUUUGGUUAAGAAAAAUCAUUUUAUAAAAUUGGAAUUUCCUUUUGUAUACAAAGUUUUGUUGUUUUUGUUCUUUCUUUGACAAAAAUUUAGGAUAAAUUGGGUUUUUUUUGGUUGAAAAAAAAAAAUUCCCCUGAAGACAAUUUUUUUACGAAGAAAGUUGAAUCAUUUAAUGAAAAAUAAAUUUUUGUUGGAAUGAAAAUUGAAAUUUCCGUUGAAAACAAACGAAUGGAAUAAAUUAUGAUGAAAUCAAACAACUAUUUUGAUGGCGAUGUUGAUUACAUUCAAUGUUCAUAAGAUUGGCUGCAUUUGAAAUAGUGCGCCUAUGCAAAUGCGAUACUGAGUGUGACUCAUGCGCAUCGAUAGAUUCUCUUCCCUUUGUGAAUGUUUGUGUACUUUUUUUUUAGAUAAAACUUUGUUACUUAAUGCACACAAUUUUAACCCGAGUAAACAAUGUUUGACGAAUUCUUUCAAAAAAGACGAUAAAAGUCGAUAAUAAUUUAAAGUCACAUGUAGCAAUUGUUGAUUAAAAAAAAGAAAAAAACACACAUUUACAUUUGUUUUACAAUACCAUUAGAACAUUCCGAAUGAGCUUCGUUUCAACAUGAUAUGUAUGAAAUUCCAAACUACAAGCAAACUUUAUACAUAUACAGAACAGAAAAAAAACCACAGAGAAAAAAGUCAAGCCAUUCUAUUAUACCCGAGCAUUUUGUUUUGAAAAUAAGAAUAUUUUAAGAGCCGAGGGCAAAAUAACCAAACCCAGAACAACAACAAGAAUGUUUUAAAUGAUACCAUAACAAAAAGAAAUUCUUUAUCAAUGAACCGAAUAAUGAAGCUGAGCUGAGUAGUUUCAUUUCACAGCAAACCAACAAACUGAAAAUUUCAAUAAAUUUCAACUAUUAGAUUU